GGUUUUGAUCUUCGGUGGGAGGCGGGGAGGAUCUGCCAGCCCUGAGGAGCGGUAGUCUUCGAGAACAAAGAAUUACAGAGCACCCACAAGUCGUGAGCUCGCCCAAAGUACUGUAACAGGAUGAUUCAAACAAGGUCAGGUAGCUUACGACCUUAAAAAGAAAUAGCGUCCCACCAACCCGCACGCCCUCCGCGGUGCCCUGGUUCGUGCCACGAAUCACUGGGGUGGUUUGGGCGUUCUUAGUAUGGAAACUCCUCGGCAAAAUAAAGUGGUUGAAAUUGGGUGAAGAUUGGACCCCUUUUUAAAAAGGUGUUCCUGAACACCACUGACAACACAGUUCUGACAGUAUUUCAUGACAAAGCCACUAAGAAGUAUCAAUAAAUAGAUACCCUCUACUUGUGCAAAUUAUUAAAGAUGGAUGGCGACAGUGCUACCACAGAUGCUUCUCAACUAGGCAUCUCUGCAGACUACAUCGGAGGAAGCCACUAUGUUAUACAGCCUCAUGAUGAUACUGAGGACAGCAUGAAUGAUCAUGAAGACACAAAUGGUUCAAAAGAAAGUUUCAGAGAACAAGAUAUCUAUCUUCCAAUUGCAAAUGUAGCAAGGAUAAUGAAAAAUGCCAUACCUCAAACGGGAAAGAUUGCAAAAGAUGCCAAAGAAUGUGUUCAGGAAUGUGUGAGUGAGUUCAUCAGCUUUAUAACAUCUGAAGCAAGUGAAAGAUGUCAUCAAGAGAAACGGAAGACAAUCAAUGGAGAAGAUAUUCUCUUUGCCAUGUCAACCUUAGGCUUUGACAGUUAUGUAGAACCUCUAAAAUUAUACCUUCAGAAAUUCAGAGAGGCUAUGAAAGGAGAGAAAGGAAUUGGUGGAACAGUCACAGCUACAGAUGGGCUAAGUGAAGAACUUACAGAGGAGGCAUUUACUAACCAGUUACCAGCUGGGUUAAUAACUGCAGAUGGUCAACAGCAAAAUGUUAUGGUUUAUACAACGUCAUAUCAACAGAUUUCUGGUGUUCAACAAAUUCAGUUUUCAUGAUCUGAAGAAAUGGUGGCAUGGAGAGUGGAGAGAAGCAAAAGAGUCUGUAUGAUUCUGGAAACAGAGACCUUAUAAGGAAGUGAUUGGGGAAAAGAUGUCUCUUUGUAUAUUAAAUAGCUGUAAUGUAGCUUCCUGAUGCUUGACUAAUUGAGGUGUUAAUUCUGACUUGAGAAUCUUUUUUCAUGAAUGAUUUUAAAGAAAAAUUUGGAUUUUAAAGGUAUUAAAAUAUUUUUGUUUUGUACGAGAGUUUGUUGCUCUGUAUGACUCCUGUAUGCAUUGUAUAUUGCAAUUUAUUACUGUCAGAGAUUUGUAGACAGUUUCUUAUUUUCAUAUUGAAUCAUGUUACUUUUGUAAUUCAAGUAAGCAGCUGGGUUAAUUCAUGAUGUUUGCCCUUUUAAUAAAAUAUAAGGGUAGAGUUCAUUUUGAAUGCAAGUUGCCUUUAUUAUAAAUUUGAGUUUGUCUUGGUUAUAUAAUAUCUUGCAUGGUAACCUAGCUAGAUUUUUAGCAUUUGCCAUAUUUAUUAAAAUUAAUUUUUUGUAAAACAUUCAUAGCUUAAGCAGCACCAUUUUUUAAAAAUGUAAUUGAAAAAUCAAGUGUGAAUGCAGAAGCAAACAUUGUCUGCCCUAUUAAACUUGGUCCCCAUUAACAGUGUUUACACUGUUCAUUGUGCCUGUUAAGAUAGUUUUAGUUUAUUGGAGCUUUUGUUAAGACCAGAUUUGUUUUUGAGUUAUGUUAUUAUGAGUGUUGGAAUUCAUUUAAGCUUAAUGUAGUCCUAGUGCUCUUGAAAUGGUGCCCUUUUCAUUUUUAUAUGAUUUUUCCAAAGCAUAUCUUCAAAUACUAAAGUAUCCUCUUCCAGAAGAGGAAUUUUAUAGUCUGAUGGUAAAUGUCCUCGUUUUACCUUUUUAAUUGAUAUGUCAAGUUUCAUAAUUAUACUAUGGGAACCAAGAAACGUCAGACAUCAUUGUGUGUGUACAGACCUUUCUCUACAUGGGUGAGUGAAUGCAGUGGAGAACAGAGUGUGUGCUACAGAUGGUGUGAAACAGAAGCCCCAACUUCUAGUGCUGUCUUGAUCUUUGCAAUAAACUAAACUUAGAUAAUGUAACUUUGUAUAA